AUGCACGCUUUGCGGUCCCCACAAAAACUUCUCAUGAUCAGACAUCGAAAGUAUCACACAGAUUUUUACGAGGAUGAAGACUUUUAUACACUACAUGCAGAAGACCAAUUGCCAAUGUGUCCCAACCGUAAAUACUUUGGUAUGCCAGCAAUCCAGUUUCCUAUCAGAGAUUCCCGUAUUAUUGGUUCAUGUAAUGGAAUUCUCUGUCUAUUUGUUCCUCUAGAAAACCGUAUUAGUCUAUGGAACCCUUCAAUUAGAUGCAAAAUAACCUUGCCUGAUUGUCCUUGGAGAUGCUAUUACAUGGUAGAGAUCGGGUUUGGUUUCGACCCAAUUACUGAAUGUUACAAGAUUGUGAGUAUACCCAAUCCCAACUGUGGAAGCAUCAUAGAAGAUUCAUCAUUUGUUUACAACAUCAAGACACGUGCUUGGUGUACGAUUGCUCCUCCUACUCAUUUUGUAUACGAAGGUGGCUUCAAAAGCGUGUUUUCUGAAUGGAGCAUUGCAUUGGUUGGUAGAACGUUAUAA